AUGGAGAGCCCCAGUCGUGUGUAUCUCUUCGGAGAUCAGACGGCGGAUUUCGACUCGGGCCUUCGCCGCCUGUUGCAAGCCAAGAAUGACUCGCUGCUGAGUGCCUUCUUUCAGAAGUGCUAUCAUGCCUUGCGCAAGGAAAUCAGCCAGCUGUCGCAAUCACAGCGACAGAUGUUUCCACGUUUCACGAGCAUCGUCGAUCUACUGGCCAGAUACAGAGAAUUCGGACCCAAUCCAGCUCUGGAGAGCGCAUUGACGACAAUCUACCAAUUGGGAUGCUUCAUUCACUACUAUGGAGAUCUGGGGCACCAGUAUCCCUCCAAAUCUGAGAGUCUCAUAGUUGGCCUCUGCACGGGUCAGCUGGCGUCCGCAGCUGUCAGCUCUUCCAAGACCUUGGGAGAAUUGAUCCCAGCAGGUGUUGAGACUGUUGUUCUGGCUCUCAGACUCGGAGCCUGUGUUGUCAAAGUGCGCGAGCUUCUAGAGGAGAACGGGCCUUCACAAAGCUGGUCCGUACUUGUCUCUGGAAUUCGUGAGGAAGAGGCCCAAAAGCUUAUUGAGAACUUUGCUCGAGCAAAUGCCUUGCCUCGCGUUUCACAGCCAUAUAUUAGUGCCGUGAGCCCUAAUGGCCUGACUAUCAGCGGAGCUCCCAGCAUUUUGAGCCAAUUCAUUGAAACUUCACUCUCGAAAGAGUCGAAGCCUGUGAGAGUCCCAAUCCAUGGUCCUUACCACGCCAUGCACCUCUAUGACGACAGGGACAUCAACCGCAUUCUGGAGUCUUGGCCAAAGGAGAAGUUCGUCAAUUACGUCCCUCAAAUUCCAGUGCUAUCAAAUGAGAGUGGCAAGCCUUUCAAAGCUGAGAGCCUCGAGAGUAUGCUGAGACUGUCGCUGGAGGAAAUCUUACUCCAUCAACUUUGUUGGGACAAGGCGAUUGACUCGUGUGCAUCUGCUUUGAAGUCAGCAACCUCGAAAUGCACAUUGUUCCCUGUCUCCAGCACUGCAACUCAAAGCCUGCACAGCUCGCUGAAGAAGGCUGGAAUUUCAAAUCUUGAGAUUGACAGCACUAUCGGCGACGUCAAGAAGGAUCCCGAAAGUGCCAACAGCACUGGCCGUGCCGACCAGUCUAAGAUUGCUAUCAUCGGUCUGUCUGGAAGAUUUCCUGAAGCUCAAGAUACUGAGGCAUUCUGGGAUCUUUUGUACAAGGGACUUGAUGUUCAUCGUGAAGUACCCGCCGAGCGUUGGGACGUCAAGGCCCACGUUGAUAUGGAAGGUAAUACGAGAAAUACGAGCAAAGUUCAAUAUGGAUGCUGGAUCAAUGAGCCAGGUCUUUUCGACCCUCGCUUCUUCAACAUGUCUCCGCGCGAGGCACUUCAAGCCGACCCCGCCCAGCGACUUGCGCUUCUGACAGCUUACGAGGCUUUUGAAAUGGCUGGGUUCAUCCCCGAUAGCACCCCGUCCACACAGAAGAACAGAGUCGGUGUUUUCUAUGGCAUGACCAGUGACGACUACCGUGAAAUCAACAGUGGACAGGACAUCGACACCUACUUCAUCCCUGGCGGCAACCGUGCUUUUACUCCAGGCCGCAUAAAUUAUUAUUUCAAGUUUAGCGGACCCAGCGUGAGUGUCGAUACUGCUUGCUCCUCAAGUCUGGCCGCGAUCCAUGUGGCUUGUAACUCACUCUGGAGGAAUGAAUGUGACUCUGCUGUCGCCGGUGGUGUGAACAUUCUGACCAAUCCGGACAAUCAUGCUGGACUCGACCGUGGCCACUUCCUCUCACGCACUGGAAACUGUAACACCUUUGAUGAUGGUGCCGAUGGAUACUGUCGGGCGGAUGGAAUUGGGUCUAUUGUUUUGAAGAGACUGGAAGACGCCCAGGCAGACAACGACCCCAUCUACGGUGUUAUUGCUGGAGCCUAUACCAACCACUCGGCCGAGGCAGUUUCUAUUACACGGCCUCAUGCCGGCGCUCAGGCAUUUAUCUUCGACAAGCUUCUCAAUGAGAACGAUUAUGACCCGAAGGAGGUUAGCUAUAUUGAGAUGCACGGCACGGGAACUCAGGCUGGCGAUGCUGUGGAAAUGAAGUCUGUUCUGGAUGUCUUCGCUCCGGAUUAUCGCCGUGGACCAAACCAGUCUCUUCAUCUCGGCUCAGCAAAGUCAAAUAUUGGACACGGAGAAUCUGCUUCAGGUGUUUCAGCUCUGGUGAAGGUGUUGAUGAUGAUGCAAAAGAACAUGAUUCCUCCCCACUGUGGCAUCAAAUCCAAAAUCAAUCACAACUUCCCCACCGACCUUGCGCAACGCAACGUCCACAUUGCUCUCAAGCCAACACCGUGGAACCGUCCCGCUGGUGGUAAGCGCAAGACCUUCAUUAACAACUUCUCGGCUGCUGGUGGAAAUACGGCGCUACUGAUGGAGGAUGGGCCCCUGCGUGAGCGCACCGGCAAGGACCCUCGGUCUGUAUAUCCGGUGGCGGUUUCUGCUCGCUCUCAGUCUGCCCUGAAGAGCAACAUUGCCAGCCUUGUUCAAUACAUUGACAAGAACAAGAGCUUGUUUAACGUCAACGAGUCCAAUCUUCUCGGGGACCUGUCAUAUACCACCACGGCGCGACGCAUCCACCAUCCCUUCCGAGUCACUGCCACUGGUUCCACCCUGGAGGAGAUUCGGAAUGCAUUGAACUCGAGCGCAAGCCGUGACAGCUUUGCUCCAGUCUCUGCAGUUGCGCCUGGAAUUGGUUUCGUCUUUACCGGACAAGGCGCUCAGUACGCUGGAAUGGGCAAGGAGCUGUACGAGCACAACUCCCAGUUCCGUGCCAACAUCGAGCACUUGGAUCGGAUUGGCCAGAGCCAGGGUUUCCCAUCCAUCAUGACGUUGGUUGAUGGAAGUGUGCCCAUUGAGGAUUUGAGUCCUGUCGUUACCCAAUUGGGAACCACUUGCCUGCAGAUGGCUCUCACCAAGUUCUGGAUCUCUCUGGGCGUAACUCCUACCUUUGUUCUAGGCCACAGCCUUGGCGAAUAUGCUGCACUCAAUGCCUCUGGUAUUCUAACGACCAGUGAUACGAUCUAUCUCGCUGGCCGUCGCGCCCAGCUGUUGACCGAGCAAUGCAAGGUGGGAACACACGCUAUGCUGGCUGUGAAGUCCUCGGUUGCACAGGUCAAGCAGUUCCUUGAGGACGAUGCCGCAGAGGUGGCCUGCAUCAAUGCCCCCAGCGAGACUGUUAUUAGCGGUGCCGUUGACAAGAUUGAUCAGCUUGCAGAGAAGCUUUCAAAUGAAGGCUUCAAGGCUACCAAGCUGAAAGUUCCCUUCGCUUUCCACUCUGCCCAAGUUGAACCCAUCCUCAACAGCCUUGCAGGGAUCGCUAAGGGAGUCGUCUUCCGCGAGCCCACUAUUCCCUUCGUCUCCGCCCUUCUGGGUGAUGUCAUUGAUGGGGCAAACACUGAAGUCAUUGGACCAAGCUAUUUGACUCGUCACUGCCGGGAGACCGUCAACUUCCUUGCUGCAUUAGAAGCCACGCGUCAUGCUAAGCUGAUGAACGACAAGACUUUGUGGGUUGAGAUUGGCUCGCACCCAGUCUGCUCUGGGAUGGUCAAGUCGACAUUCGGCCCCCAGGCAACAACAGUCACAUCUCUUCGUCGCCAAGAAGACACCUGGAAGGUGCUAUCAAACAGUCUCUCCGCCCUUUAUCUGGCAGGCAUCGAUCUCCGCUGGAAGGAGUAUCACCAGGACUUCAGCACUAUGCACGAAGUCUUGUCUUUGCCUGCCUACAAGUGGGACCUCAAGAACUAUUGGAUCCCGUACACCAAUAAUUUCUGUCUGCUCAAGGGUGCGCCGGCUACAGCUGCAGUUGAGGCUGCACCAGCCACAACUUUCUUGACUAGCUCUGCGCAGAAAGUGUUGGAGACUAGCGGCGAUCAAACCUCAGCCACUGUUGUGAUUGAGAACGAUAUUGCGGAUCCAGAGUUGAACCGUGUCAUUCAAGGCCACAAGGUCAAUGGGGCUGCGCUCUGCCCAUCGUCACUUUACGCAGACAUUGCCCAAACCUUGGCAGAAUUCCUGGUCAAGAAGUACAAGCCCGAAUGGAAGGACCGUGGCUUCAACGUCUGUGACGUGGUGGUCCCCAAGCCUCUCAUUGCAAAGGGUGGCAAGCAGCUCUUCCGCGUCUCUGCUACUGCCAACUGGGCAGAAGAGAGCGCCAAAAUGCAAGUCUGGUCCGUUACACUCGAGGGCAAGAAGAUGAUCGAUCACGCAAGUUGCACAAUCAAGUUCUUUGACACCAGUGUCGCUGAACUCGAGUGGAAGCGUAGCGCAUACCUCAUCAAAAGAAGCAUUGAGCAUCUGAAGGAGAGCACAGAGACUGGUCAGGCUCACCGGAUGAAGCGCGGCAUGGUUUACAAGCUAUUCAGUGCCCUGGUUGAGUACGACGAGAACUACAAGUCCAUUCAGGAGGUCAUUCUCGAUAGCGAUCAGCAUGAGGCUACUGCGUUGGUCAAGUUCCAGGCACCACCUGGAAACUAUCAUCGCAACCCCUUCUGGAUUGACAGCAUCGGCCACUUGUCUGGUUUCAUCAUGAAUGCAAGCGAUGCGACGGAUUCAAAGAAUCUAGUCUACGUCAAUCAUGGCUGGGACUCUAUGCGCUGCUUGAAGAAGUUCGAUCCCAACGUUACCUAUCGAACCUACGUGCGAAUGCAGCCCUGGCAAAAUUCCAUCUACGCCGGUGAUGUAUAUCUCUUUGACGGAGAUGAUAUCGUAGCCGUUUACGGCGGUGUUCAGUUCCAAGCUUUGUCUAGAAAGAUUCUUGACACGGCUCUGCCUCCUGCUGGCGGCUCUGCUGCUAAGCCUGCCGCCGCCGCUAAACCCAAACCUGCUCCUAUUGAUGUUGAAAAAUCGCGAGCUCCUCGGCCCAAGAAGUCUGCGGUAUCUUCAACAAAGUCUGCUGGGCCCAGCAUCAUCACAAAGGCCCUUAACAUUCUAGCUGAAGAAGUUGGGCUUUCGACAGCUGAUAUAACCGACGACCUGAACUUCACGGACUACGGAGUAGACUCCCUGCUUUCCUUGACCGUCACUGGUCGCUACCGUGAAGAGAUGGGGCUUGACCUUGACUCCAACGUUUUUAUUGAUCAGCCGACGAUUAAGGACUUCAAGCAACUGCUCGUACAGAUGAGCCCGCAGGAUAGCAGCAAUGAUGGAUCAAGCAGCGAGCCAGAUCUGUCAUCUGCAGCUUCGUCGACUGAUCUCUCGACUCCGAACUCGAGUGGUCUGCCCACUCCUGCCAAUGAGAAGUCCAUGACUCUUGGGCAAAAUGAUAGCAUGAAACAAAUCUGUGCUAUUCUAGCCGAGGAAAUUGGUGUUGAACCCCAAGAGCUUCGGGGUGACUCUAAUCUCGGCGAGAUGGGCCUUGACUCUUUGAUGUCACUUACUGUGCUGGGCAAGAUUCGUGAGACCUUGGAUCUCGAACUCUCUGGGGAAUUCUUCAUCGAGAACCAAACAAUCGAGGAAGUUGAGGUCGCCUUGGACCUGAAGCCUAAGGCCAUCGCUUCUGAGCCCAUCAGGCUUCCCGAGGAGAUUCAGGUGCAAGCUCCAAAAGUUGCUCGCAGCUCGAUCCAACAUCCACCCGCAACCUCGAUCCUCCUGCAAGGAAACCCCAAGACUGCCACUCAAAAGCUGUUCUUAUUCCCAGAUGGGUCUGGAUCGGCCACCUCCUAUGCUACGAUCCCGGGCAUCUCACCUGAUGUUUGUGUAUAUGGGUUGAAUUGCCCGUACAUGCGCACCCCCGAGAAGCUCAACUUCAGUCUUGACGAGCUCACAUAUCCAUAUGUGGCUGAGAUCAGGCGCCGACAACCUACUGGUCCAUACAACUUUGGUGGCUGGUCUGCUGGUGGUAUCUGUGCCUAUGAUGCUGCCCGGCACCUUAUCUUCGAGGAAGGUGAGAGAGUUGAGCGUCUGCUUCUUCUCGACUCUCCUUUCCCCAUCGGCCUUGAGAAGCUUCCUCGUCGCCUGUACAGAUUCUUCGACUCCAUCGGCCUCUUCGGCGAGGGCAAGGCUCCUCCACCCAAGUGGCUCCUCCCUCACUUCUUGGCUUUCAUUGACUCUUUGGAUGCCUACAAGGCGUCUCCUUUCCCCUUCGAUGACAUCAAGCAUGCCGAGAAGAUUCCUAAGACCUUCCUAGUCUGGGCCAAGGACGGAGUGUGCAACAAGCCCGGCGACCCUCGCCCUGCACCUGCCGAGGAUGGCAGCCCCGACCCGCGGGAGAUGCAAUGGCUGCUGAACAACCGUACCAACCUUGGUCCAAAUGGUUGGGAUACGCUUGUGGGCUCGAAGAAUGUAGGAGGCAUCACAGUCAUGGAAGGAGCUAACCACUUCACCAUGACUCAAGGAGAGAAAGCGAAGGAGCUGGCGGCUUUCAUUGCGGGUGCCAUGAAAUCGUCUUGA